AUGUUACCAGGAACCCGCACCACGAUGAAUUUGUAUAUCAGGCCGUCUGUCCAGACCCUAUCAAAUGCCUUGGCUAUAUCUAGGCAGACUGCUCAGGUGUCCCAGUUAUUAUCCAGUUCUCUGAUGGUCUCCGUGAUACUCAGCAAAACUGGUGCGUGCCUUCUUUUAUUUUUAUCAGGAGGCGAUGGAUCGAAUAAAACUGAUAUCUGUGGAAAAAAGGAAAAAUCUCGCAUUUUAUUGGAUAUGGCCGAAGAUUUAGUCUCUAAAGCGAAGCUUCACUUCCCCACAUGUUUUGACAGCAGUAGGACUUCAAAUCAGUCUGAUUGUGAAAAGAAAAUUAAAUCGUUGACUUAUUUAGAAUUCACUAAGAAGCUCAUUGAAGAGGCAAAGGAAAAUUUGCCAACAUGUACCAACUGCGGAGAAAGACCACGUGAUUGCUCUGAAGUUCUGGCAAAUGGGUACAAUCGCAGUGGCGUAUAUACUAUUUAUCCCAUCAGUCGAUACACAGUGGCGAAAUCGGUGAAUGUGUGCUGUGAUAUAAACACUGAUAACGGAGGAUGGACGGUGAUCCAAAGAAGAGGAAAAUUUCCACCGCAGCAAGAUUUCUAUCAGAACUGGCAAAAGUACAAAACCGGUUUUGGAAACAUUACUGGAGAAUUCUGGUUAGGAAACGAUUACAUCUAUGCCCUCACCAAUCAGGGACCAUGUGAAAUUCGCUUUGAUCUAGAAGAUGCCGAAGGAAACCGUCGAUUCGCAGUCUACAAAAAUUUUCGGAUAGAAGACGAGAGUUCUGAUUACAUGUUGCAUGUUAGUGGUUACAGCGGAAAUGCAGGCGAUGGAUUCAAACAUCAUGACGGUAAAAAGUUUUCCACUAAAGACAGAGGAAAUACAGGAUUUGCCCGAGUCAUGCACGGGGAUUUUCGGCAUAUGGAUUGGGCUUACGUGUACUUGAAUGGAGUUUACCAACCUAGAAAGCACGAACCUAAGAAUAUUCAUUGGUGGGAAUGGCUUAAAAAUGAAGGUUUAGCAUUUACAGAAAUGAAAGUGAGAUUACGUUGAAAGGCUACGACAUAGGUUCAUAUUAGUCCAUUUUCAGUUCGAUAUGAACUAAAUUCUUCGAAUGAAGAUUCAUAAUUGCAAAAUAACUGUUAUGACAUUUUUCAUUUGAAUAUAAGAUG